ACUACAUCAAACUAAACAGACCUCCCAGUCAUUUAUAAAAUAUAUAUAUAUUUCGAAAUAAAAUAUUUUCUUUUCAAAAUAUUUUCUUCCAAAAUAUUAUUUUCACAAAAUAUCACAAAAUAACAAAAUAUUCGCAACAGUGGACCUGUUGUAACAUGAGUAAUCGGUACUCCAUCAAAAUUAUUCGAUAAGUGAAAGUAUCGCAAUUCGCAACAAGCGCGCCCAUUUUGUUAGCGUCCGGAAUUAGUUUUGCACAGUUUCAAACGAGCGUCGAUUUAAGCAAGAUUGAAGAUUGAAACACGUGCAACUGACGCUAGCGUGUAGUCUUAAUUUGUAUAUCUUUAGUUUGUUUUUUUUUGGUUUUUUUUUUUUUUUGUUUUGACUUUAAGUAUGGAGUUACGUAUGUGGAAAGCGCUACUCUUGCAGUGGGUUCAGAAGUGCAAUUUCCUUACAAAUGUUAUAUGUCUUGAAGAUUCCGAAAUCGAGGACUUUUUCAAACAAUAUACCCAAUAUGUUCAGGUUGGGCAGUCAUCUGGACGAUCGGCAUCGUCGCCCAAAAGCCCAUCCCCAUUUUCUCCGGGAGAACUGCAGACAUUUUUGAAAGAUGUGUAUCCACACUUUAAGCCGCUUCUGGAGCGCAAUGGCCGUAUAAUGGCAAAUGAUUAUGCCUAUGUCUACACACUUCUCAUGCACUACGCUUGCGUUCAGUGCCCGAGCGAAUAUUUUCAUAAUAUUUGCAGGACUCUGCCAGACCUUACACAGCAGUACAUGGCGGCAUUUUUCACUCAGGCUAUGAAAAAUCCAGAUAUGAAUCGCUCUCACUUGCGCGAGACCAUUGCCGGCAUCAGUGAAAUUGUUGAGAGUGCAGAAUCGUCUCCGACCCAGUCGCAGUCGCGUGGCCUCACAUUCCUAACUAUUGGCGCCACAUUCGACAAUAAUGCUGAUCUAAAAUCCUCUGAGCUCGAUGGCAACAGUAAGGAUUCGGCUUCAAUCGACAACGAUUCGACUGUGGGCACGAAUUUUGCCACUCCCCAUCCAGUGCAACGUGAGCUGUGCAGCUUACUAGAUGUUAGCCCAAAUUACGCUCCGUCGACACCAAAAACAGUGCUGCUCGAGCAGCGCACACGCGAGGUUUUAGGAUUGCGGGCUCAGCUGGAGACCGAGCGCUAUGAAAAGACUGUUUUAGAAGACCAGAUUUUGGAGAAUGAGCAACUAAUCUCUUCGCUUAGUAAAGAGAAUACUGUGAAAAAGCAGCAACUGGCCAAGCUUGCGGCCUCGCUGGAAAAUGAUAGCGAAGAGCGUACUUUCAUACAUAACAUUGUACCCGACGAAAUUGAGAAUCUAAAACGACAGCUGCUCAAAGAGAUUAACAAGAAGGAGGCUUUUCUUGCCCAGAGCAGAGAUGAAGUGCAGGUGUUGAAGGAUAAUUAUAACAUAUUAGCGGAGAGGCACAAAUCCUGUGAGGAACAGCUUUACGAUUGUCUUGAAAAGGUAGAAAAUCUGGAACUCCGACUGGCUGCUGCUACUCAGUCGUUGACAACCAAGGACGCUGAAAUCUCUAGUCUGUUGCGUGACAAACUGGAGGUGGAGCGAUGCCUGCAGGAGGCUCGCACCGAGUUGCAUAAUGGCCGUGAGGUCCUCAACGCUUCGUCGGAUUUGCUCGAUACAAGUCAAUCGACGGCUAGUAUGAAUACUACACCGGAAACUUUAGCUAGUUCCGUAAUUGACAAGCAGUUGCGCGAGAAAGAGCUCGAAAACGAUGAUCUGCGCGAUCAACUGGACGCCAUUGUUAGAGAAAAGAAGAGCAUUCUGCAUGAAUUGUUAAUGAUUGUACAGCCUUAUCAACCAGAAAUAACUUUGUCGCCUGAUCACUCACAGAUAUUGGGCCUGGUAGAGCGUAGCUUGGCCGAUAUAUCCGUCCGCUACAAGAGAGAACAGAAACGUGUGAAGGAACUGCAGGCUCAGAUGAAAGCGUCCGGGUCGCAAAACAAACCGGAUGAAGAGGGCACAGCCAACAAGUUGGAGGAGGCCUUGGAACAGAGUCAGUUAACUCCAACAGUUGAUGUUGAGCAGUGUGACAUUGCCGUCCAGACAAUUAAAGAACUGAGUAUGCUAACUCCACCAGUAGACGUUGAGCAGUGUGACGUUGCCGUCCAGACAUUUAAGGAAGAGAGUCAGUCAACUCCACCAGUAGAUGUUGUACAGUGUGACAUAGCCGUCCAGACCAUUAAAGAAGAGAGUCAGUUAACUCCACCAGUAGAUGUUGUACAGUGUGACAUAGCCGUCCAGACCAUUAAAGAAGAGAUUCGGUUCACUCCACCAGUAGAUGUUGAGCAGUGUGACAUAGCCGUCCAGACCAUUAAAGAAGAGAGUCAGUUAACUCCUCCUGUAGAUGUUGAGCAGUCUGACAUUGCCGUCCAGACCAAUAAAGAAACUCCAGAAAGUGUUCAGCAGUGUGACAUUGCCGUCCAGACGAUUCCAGAACGGGUCAAAGAACAGCUUCAAAUGAAGGAUGCUAAGCUAACGAAAAUUGGUAGGGAAUUAAUUAAGAUUUGUGGUAUAAAUCGUAUGUUGCUACAAAAUCGGUUCAUUACAGAAAAUCAAGACCCAUUGGCUCGUAGUCAAGAACUGCAAGAUCUUGAAAUGCGUAUUUUGUCUAAGGAAGAAAUAAUUGCUGAUCAGGAAAAGCAAAUAUUUAUGAACCAGAAGCAUAUUAGUGAAUACCAACUGCAGCUAAACGAUACGAACGGCCAGAUUCAAGCGGCUCAUCUGAAGCUGAAUGAUAUUCAAGAGCAGCUUAACGAAUAUCAACAGAAGCUUAAAGAUACUUUGGAUGAGUUUAAUCAUGCUCAGGAAGAAAGAAUUGCUGCUGAGCAGGAGGAGGAGGAGCAGGAGCAACAGGAGCCGCUAGACGAAGAUGAUCUGCUAGAGCCACAGGAGCAGAUAAAUCUUAGUCUGCAACAUGUAGACGACUACCAGCAGCAAAUUGAUAGCUACCAGCAACAGCUAAUUGAAUAUCAGCAGAAGCUUAACGAAACUCAGAAGAAGCUGGAUAAUAGCAAAGAGGAGCUGAAAGAAACUGAGAAGCAGCUGAAUGGUAGUAAAGAACAGCUACAGUCUACUAAUCAACAGCUAAAGGCAACUCUAAAGCAGCUAAGUGACUAUCAGCAGCAGAUGGCUGAUUACCAGAAGCGGAUAAUCGAGACUCAGAAGCUGCUGAAUGAUAAUGAGGCUGCAAUUGAUAGUGAGCUUUUGGUAAACGAGGCUCAGCAGGCACUAAGCAAUAAUCAACAGCAGUUGCAGAGCUUCAUCCAAACAAUAUGCGCUCGAUUUAAUCUGGAGGCAACCUCGGAAAAAGGCAUGGAAGAAGUCGAGAAGAUUUUGAUAGAUUGGGUAGAGCGAAUGGAGAACCAGCUGAAGCAGAAGGAAUCCGAGAUGUUGCAGCAAUCUGAAGAACUCACGGUCGUAAGCAACAUCUCUGAUUGCAUCUUGGACACCAUGAAUCCAUAUUUGAAGCCAGCAAUUGAGGAGGUUAACACAGAAGCGUUGCCCAUGAAGCUUAAAUUCUUGCACAAUCAGCUCAAACAGCUUGUGAUGAAAUAUGAGCGAUUGAACGAGAAAUGUAAGGUUCUAGAACGCAAUGCAGUGCAGUCCGAAGAAGAAAGGAAACAGGAACAAAACACAAUGCAAAGGCAGCACAACGAGACUAUUCUAAGGCUGACAGGCAAACUAGGUCAAUUGGAAAUGCAAUGUGAUAAUGUUACGAAAGAGCUGGCAAUGAAAGAGGUAGAAUGCAAAAAUAUUGGCGAAGAGCUGCGAAUCCAAAAGGAUUUAAAAACUGCUCAUAAGAAUGACGUUAGCAAUACAAAUGGGGACUCAAAGGGCAGCAUUGAGCACAAGUUUCACAUUAAUAUUAAAACUGAAGCAGCAACGGUACAAAAUGGAAAUCAUGCUGAGACCGAGUCUCAGGAGUUGGCUGGCAUUAAAGAUGGACUGAGGGCUGCCAAUAAAAUGCAAGCAAAAUUGGAACAGGAGCUUGCGGAGAAAACGAAGAUCGUUCAGAUGGGCGAAUCUACAAUCCAGGGGCUUCAAAAAGAGAUCAUGGCCAAAACUAAGCAGUUUGGGAAGCUAAAAGACAACUUGGAACAGGAACUUGCGGAGCAAACUAAGCUCGUUCAGAUGAGCGAGUCUACGGUUCAGAAGCUUCAAAAGGAGCUCAUGGAAAAAUCUCAACAGUUUGAGAAGUCAAAAAGCGAGUUGGAACGAGAGCUUAGGGAGAAAACGAGGCUAAUUGAAAUGGGCGAGUCGACGAUCAAGACACUUCAAAAAGAGAUCAUGGUAAAAUCCCAGCAGUUUGAGAAAUCAAGAAACGACUUGGAACGGGAGCUUGCGGAAAAAACGAAGAUCGUUCAGAUGGGCGAGUCUAAGAUCGAGACGCUUCAAAAAGAGAUCAAGGAAAAAACACAGCUGUUUGAGAAAUCAAGAAGCGAGCUGGAACGGGUGCUUGCGGAGAAAACGGAGGUCCUUCAAAUGGGCGAGUCUACCAUCCAGACGCUUCAAAAAGAGCUUGUAGCUAAAUCCGAGAACUUGGAGAAGAUAAAUAACGAGCUGCAACGGGACCUUGCGGAGAAAACGCGGCUCCUUCAGAUGGGCGAGGCUACGAUCAAAACACUUCAAAAAGAUAUCAUGGCCAAAUCUAUGCAGUUGGAGAAGACAAAAGGCGAACUUGAACAGUCAGAGCAAAAACUAGAGUCUGCUCAACAAAAGUUGGAGCUGGCUUUGCAGAAGGUGUUGGAAAAAGAUUUAGCUGCAACAGAGGUUCAUGAUUUAGAGGAUUUAUUAAAGAGCGAGCAGCACAAGAAUUUGAACCUGGAACAGGAGAAAAUACAGCAGAUAGAACAGAAGCGCAUCAUCGAAAAGCAGUUGGCAGAUGUUCAGUGCUUGAUCUGUAAGAGAGAGGACGAAUUGGAGAAGACCAAAACACAGCUGGACUCGAGCACCAAGCGAUUGGAGAAAAUUUCCAUUAAACUGGGCGAACAACAAGCGGUAUUAUCCAAAACACAACGGGAAAUGGCUCAGUCCAAGGCAAAGCAGACCGAACAGGCAGAGCUAAUCACUGCAUUACAAAACGAAAAGGAGAGUCUCCAGAUGGACUUGCGCAAGACAAAGGAGCGUGCGAACCGUUCGGAGGAGAAGCAGGCCACCUUAGAGCAGCUACGCGUUGAGGCAGAGUCAGAACGCGAUGCAUAUCGUGAUCAACUAAUGAAGUAUGAGAGAGAGUCGAAGAAAGCUCACAAUAUUAUUCGCGAUCUGGAGCAUCAGGCGAAAAAGACAGAGAAUGAGAAGGUGAAACUGGUCCAUGAAAUUGGUGGACUCAAUUCUGAAAUAGUGCAGCAGAAGAAACAGCUAUCAGAGUUGAAAGACCAGCUGCAGCAGUCCAAAGACGCAAUGCGUGACCUAAUUAUAGCCCAUGAAAAUAAUGCCGCUGCCAGUGCUGAGCAGUCGGAGCAAGACCGCUCAAAUCUGGAGCAGCUGCAGUCAGAACUAUUGGCAGCUCACCAGGAGCUAGAAGCAAUGAAGAAGAAGCACGAGUCCCUAACGUCUGAACUAAAUAAUAAGUUGACUGAACUUGAAGCGGAGCGCAACAAGAGCAAGGAACGUGAAUUAAUUCUGAAGCGUAAGCAGAACAUUCUGAAUGAGGAACUGGAAAAGUGCAAUGCUGAACUAGCUGAGAUCCGUAGCGCCCAUGAACAGCUAAUAAAGGCAACUGAGAUGCAGACUAUGGAGCGCUUCAGCGAAUUGCAGGAAACACAGCUGCAAUUGAAACAGCAGCGAGACAGCCUCAUUCAGCGCGACCUCGAUUGCCAGAUAUUGCAGGCAAAGUAUCGUGAAACCAAGGAAGAGAUGUCUCGCUGUGAGCAACGGUUGAAGGAUCACCGUCUAGAGAUGGAGGGCAAACUGGAAAAAAUGAAGUCGAAAAUGCGCACAUUGUACACGGCGGAGGUGAGCCGUAUCAAGGAGAAACAGGAGCGCGAGGCGGCUAACCACAAGGCUGAACUGGAAAAGCUGCAUGCUCAGGUCGCCAAGUAUGAGGAGCAUAUACGAAAGCUAUCUGCUCAGAUUGUGCGGCUGAAUGAGAAGCUUUUGGAGGAGCAAAAGAAACAUGCGAUUGUCAGUACGCAGCUGCGGCACCUGCAGGAGGCGGAGCUGCCGACAAUGUCAUCUCUGCCCGCUGUAGAGGACUGGCAGCCGUUCAAGCGGCCAAGUGCACCAUCCGCCAAUCUGGGCAGCAAUCUGGCCAUGGAGGACGAAGAGGGCGAGGUCUUCAAUAACACCUACCUGACGGAUCUCAAGCUGGGCACCGUUCCCAAUAUGACGGCCGAAGAGCUGCAGUAUCGGAACUCGCUGCAGCCGCCGCAUUUGAAGAGCGCUUAUGCGGCGCAGUAUGACCUGGGCGCCCAGGAGGACGAUAUUAAAGAUGGGCCACACAGCCUGGACGACAGCAUGAGUGCGCUGCUGAGCACCACAGAUGGCCACGGUGCUGGUAUGCGCAAGAAGUCUAUGGGCACACACUAUAAGCGUCCGGGUCCGCCGACGCCCAGCAAAAAUGGCGGCCGUCUGUCGUUUGGCGGCUCGGAGCCGCCGCGAGAAAUACUGCGUGAGACUUGUGAUAAUAGUGGUACGGCCAAGACUCCGGCCCGCUUUAAGAUCUUCGCAUCUCGCUUCAGCAUUGGCAACGGCGGCGGCGGCGGCGGCGGAGGAGGAGGACAAUGUCUGCCACGGGACGAGAGGCGGCGUCACCGUAAAGAGAGCCUGUUAAAGGGCAUUAUGCAUCGCCGUCAAUUGCAAACAGCGUUUUGUACAUCGACGCCGCGCAGCAGCCGCUCCUUCUAUGAUCAGCGGCAGCAGCUAAUUGUCCACUGUGAUGGGCCAGCCGAUGGCCAGGAGCUGAUAAAGCAAGAGCAGGAAGUCACACCGCACUUGAACGAUGCUCUGCCCUUGGUGGCGUCGAAUGAUCAGAGCGGUAGGCCGAGCAUCUGUCGCCGUCGUUUAAUAACAAUCAGCUCGAGCAGUAGUCUAACAUCCGCCACCCAAAGUGUCUCAAGUGGACGCCGACGCAAAUCCAUUUCGCGCAAAUCCAUUCACUUGUACGGCAACAGAGGCAGAUCCCGUGCUAGAUUGUCGUCGACGGCGCAGAUGAGUCACAAGCGCAUGCAGCAGCGAAGCAAGAUUAAGGAUCAACGCAUUGGAUGGUUCGAUCGAGGCAGGCAGCUGCUCGAUUCUGAUGAAGAUCCUCCAGAAGAACAAGAAGAAGAAGAAGAACAAGAUACCAAAGAAUCUUUGAAGCUUGCCAAUGGAACGUAUGCCCUAUCUAAGCCGAAUGAGAACAACAAUUACUGCGUGCUCAACCGCAAUAAUGGCUCGCUGAUGGCCAUGGGUGCCACGAUGCUAUUGGAUAAGAAGACUUGGAAUUGCCUGGACAUCAAGGCGGAGUCCAAGCUGGAGCACAGCAGUGAUCUUGAGGCGGCCACUUAUUGUGUGGAUCGGGCAGCUAUGAGCAACUCACAUUCCCAUUGGGAUGACGAGGAGCAGCCAGCUUUGUUGAAGGCGCUGGUCGCCAAAUACGACUGCGACCGCGACUCCAACUUGGCUGCGCUACAGCAAUUCGAGGAGGAUCACGUUUGCGCAUGGCUGAGUGACGGCGCUAGCAUCGCUGCCGUUAACAAUCUCAGCCACGAUAUCCAUUUCGAAGAGCUGUGCCGCCAGACAGCCUCGACGGCGCCAUUUGAUCUGCAGCCGCUGCAAUAUAGCUAUGAAUUAAUAGAGACUGUGCCGCAGAGGCAGCCGCACAGCGCGUCUAACGCUACAGAGAACACCUCGAACGCCAGCUGCAACACCAACUGCUCGUCGCUGCAAUCGUGGACGACGUACUCGCUGAGUCACAUUCGUACGCAUCGCUUGCCCCAGAUAAACGUGACCACCAUGGACCGGCUGAGCGAAUCGCGACACUUACCCCAUCGCAGGCGUGGCAAUAUACUGAUGCGUCUCUGGCAACGCCGGCGGCAUCGCAUGGGCCUCACCAAAUCCCUGAGUCUUGGCAUUGUCUUGUUCAUAUUUCUCAUGCCGUUCUGUAGCUACCUCACGGCCACAGCUGUCGUGGGCUUGAUGCUGUUGCUUCUCUAGCAAAUUGAGGAUGCGGCAGGCAGCAGGCAGCAGGCGGCAUUCGGCAGGCGGCACACAACAGGCGAUUUACAGCAGGCGAUUUUAUGUCAAUAAUCAAGAUUGCAAUCGAAAUUUGUUUAAUAUGAGAAACUUCCGUUGUUCCUUUGCAGAACUCGCCACCGAAGCGACGGCUCAGCAACAUGUUCAAACGCAAGUAGAUGUGUUUAACUGCAAUAUACCAUAUAGAUAUCAGAUGAACUGAUCCUGCCGCGGCCAUCCUUCUUUUGUACAGUUAAAUGUUAAUUGCCAGCCGAGUGAAACGUGCUGCUGAAAUCUUUUCUCUCUCUCUCUCUCUCUCAGCUUAAGUUAAUUCUUUGUAAAAAAAUAAGUCGAAUAAUUCCAAUCUCAAUAUAAUAUGCAUAUAUAUUUUUGUUUGUCUAUCAAAGUCAAAAAACUAACACGUUCUAUGUUAAGAGUACUCGCUCACUUUAUAUAUUGUAUUGUAUAUGAACAAAAAUAUGUUAAUGAACUCUAUGAUAAACAAUAUAUUUGCCGUGCACAUUGAUAUACAUUCAUGUGUAUAUAUAUAUGUGUGGAUAUUUGUAUGUUAGCCGAAACGAAUGAUGCGUUAAGGCGAAAUUUGAAUAGAUCUUUUUAUGCAACAAUAAAUGGUUUGAGAUCACCAGAUACCAGAAAUAAA